AUGAUUUCACAAAGCGAUGCCACUCUUCGAGGCCUCGGAAUAAGGAGAUCUAUUAGCAAAUCUCUCCCAACCACUCAGGGCUCCACAACCAAUGCUGUAGGAAGGUGCAGGCAACUUGAAUUCGCAAUUCCAUUUUCGAACAAGGUAAAAGGAAGUGCAUUUUCGCUACUGUACUUAAGACUUGUAAGAAGGUAUUUGUAUUCAGCAAUGGCAAAGGAGAUCAAAGAUUUGAGCUCUUGGAUUGAAGUUACUCCAGCCCUCUUCAUUUCUUUGCGCAAGACUUCUAGUUCCCCUUCUUUGGAGACCAUUACAGAAGAGGAGGCUGAGGACAGGGAAGAUGAUAAAUAA